AUCAGCAGCAUCAACGUCCCGAACGAGCGUGUCAGUACCAGUGGAGGUCGCACAUCGGCCAAACCGCACUUCAUCGGAUCCUCCUCCCCCGCGCGCAUCGAAUGCUCCAAGUCCAGUUUCCUUCUUUACCACCUCUCGCUCAGCUAGACGAUCGAUACACUAUCCACCGAGCCUCAGCACGCAAGGCCUAUCACAGCUUUCAUCCAAAGGCAAGCAUCCGCAAGCAGCACACAGUCGUCCUGUUGCCUGCCUGCGCGACGAUGACGGGCGUGUUGGCCAAGUCACCCCCAGCAUCAGCGGUCGCGCCGCCGUCUCCUCAGACCGCAUCUGCAGCAAUGUCCUCAUCAGCUCCGAGCUCGUCGUCCUCGUUCACGACGACGACCAUGCCUCAGCGCCCUCGACAUCACGUCAGAAGCGUCACCCAGCAGUCAAUGGCUUUUGCGUCGUCGUCGCCGUCAUCGACGGCGAGUACGGCCAGCUUCACAUUGACGCCACCACGCCGACACAGCGCCAGCAAAAUGAAUUUCCAUCCUUUCCCUGUGGCCUCUUCGCCAGCGGGCACUCCGCCUGCGCCAUCAAAAGCCAAGAGUACCGCAGCCUCAGCCGCAGAGAUAGCCGCAGCCAAUCUCCCGACCCCGCCGCCAUCAUCCGUCGACGUCUCACCGAGCAAGUCAGUAGAAGAGUCUACUUCGGCGCUUCUGGACGGCGACGACGCGGCACGACUACGUCGCCUCAUGGACGCCCAGUCGAAGCGUCGACCGCGCCUGAUGCGAUUGACGCCAGCAUACGCGAGCUUGCCAGGCCGCCUAUCCUCCGAACCGCAGACGGCUCCCCUCGACGGCAGCAUGCAGCGUAUGGAGGAAUCCGCACAGAAUAGUGGCAGUCGCUCGCCCCCAUCUCAGGACCCUCGACGCAAUAUGACCGCCGCUUUGGAACCACCACGCGCCCUUCAAUUAGACAUGUCCAAUCUUCCGUCGCCUUCGGCCGGCGACUCCACUGCUCCCCAGUCCACCUCCGAGCUCAAUGAGAUUCGCACGAAGAGCGGCCGGCUUAUUAAGCCUUCGCUCAAGAGCUCCUCACACUUUGUCGUAGGGGGCAGAUCAGACCAGGAGCCCGCCACGGCUAGACCGGCUCGGGCAAAGAGUACGCCCAACACCCCUUCUGUCCCCAAGGCUGUCCAAUUUGAUACCAAGCUCGAGCACAUUAAGGUCUUCAAAUUCAAGCAACGUCCUACAGCCAUAUCGCGACAGGGUUCGCCAGAGCAGACCGAGACCGAGACCGAGGAAGAACGCGAGGUAUUUCCCUUUGUCAACUAUGCGCGACGAUCACCGACGUCUGGCAACUCGACUACGUCGUCACCUGCGGCGUCGUCUGCAGUAGCAGGCGUUGCAGAAACGGACGAGCAGCUCAUAUUGCGCUUGCCCAACUUCCCCUCCUCUGCGCGCCUCUCCGUCGACAAGGAGAUUUUCCUGGAGCGCAUCUACCUCGCCGAUGACCUUCGCUCCGUCAAGGGUACUGUCCGCGUUCGGAACAUCGCCUUCGAGAAGUGGGUCGCCGUUCGUUUCACCCUCGACGACUGGGUCACUGUCAACGAAGUAUCUGCAGACUACGCUGAAUCAGUCAAAGACGGCGAGUCGGACCGCUUCACUUUUUCAAUCAAACUCAACGAGCUCCUCAACUGGCCUCGUGGUGCUGGAGGCCAUGAGACCAAGACGAUGUUCUUGUGUCUGCGCUACCGAACGGGUGGUAAUGCGGAGUUCUGGGACAACAAUGACGGUCUGAAUUAUCAACUCGACUUCCGCAAGCGACAGCUGCCUCCCACACCACUUCCUACCCCAAAUGUCGGUGGCGCUCGCGCGACUCGCUCGUCAAGCGUCAACAGUCACACUCUACAGACCUCGCCGCAAGCCAGAGCCAUUGCCCUCGCUCGCCGAAGUGGGGUGCACAACAACAAAAGCGGCGCAGGCUUUGUCGAGGACCUGCGAAGGGAGCUUGACCGCCUCAAGUCGGACGAAGAAGUCGAGACGGCGCCUGUGCUCACCAAGAGGCCAUCAGCGGCCGUCGCGGACGUCGCUCGCCGCUCGUCACCCCCAGUCUCUCCUGGCCAGCGCUCAGGGUCUCCCCUUUGGAGCGCCCGGUAUGACUGGGGUGAGAGCUUGCGCAACUCGAGCACUGCACAGGCACGAUCUCGCAACGCCGUCCUCGACUACUUCACCGCCAAGCCUCCAUCAGGCACGCCGCAUUCACUGUCGGGCUCCUCUGCGCAACCAAAUGUCAAAGUCUCUGGAAGCUCACCGGCCUCUGGCGAGUCCAGCGCUUUGCCCACCCCCACGCUCAACAGCUUUGGUCCCGUGCGAUCAGGGAUGUUUAGUCCCGCCGUGGGCGAUGUCAUGGCGCAUCACCAGCCGAUCACCUCGAGACAGACUUCAGCGACGUCCUCGCCAGACAAGCUCAACGUCCCCCUACUCGGCCACGAUGGUCGGAUGAGCCCGCUCGUGCCAGGCACCCCUUCGCCUGGUGCAUCACCGACGCGCCGCCCUGGCAGCAGCAAAUUCUUUUCGUACCCUCCGCAGCGUCGAGGCGGUAACUCGCCCAUCUCUUCGCAACUCGCCUCGCCCAUGGACUCCGACGAAGACGACGACAAUUCGAACGGCGCAGAGAACAAUGGCAGCCCAGUGACUCGCUCGCCUGCGCCGCCCAAGAUUAUCACCGUACCCCGCUCAUCGGUCCGCAAGGGAUCGAUUGACAAGCAAGAUGGCCUCAUUUUGGCCAACUACGACAAUGAGCCCUCGUCGCCGCCAUCCUCGACGUUGUCGCCUUCCAUGUCCAUCUCUUCGGCAGACAGCGAUGCUACAGGGGUCAGCACGCCCGGCCUCGUGACGCCCGAGGAAUCGAACUUGGCUGCUGCAAUGGAGCAGCUUGACCCGUCUUUGACGCCGCGCUUGACACCAAGGAGGCACUGGUCGCCGUCGAACAGCAAUCGUUCUUCCACGGACCGACCUCGCUCUGCGGCCGAUCUGUCAGAGUUGAUCCAAAAGUACUGCUGGUCCUCAGACAUCACGCCUGGCACAGCGCCGAUUCCAGAAGGCCUGGCCAUUGGAGGGGGAAGCGACCUCAUUGGCUCCACUGCGGCUGCAGCUGCUGGGACUGGAGGUCUUUACGCACUCGAUGGCCGAACGACGCCACUGUCGGGCACCGCGACGCCGACUAUGGAGCGCUGAGGCGACAACUCUACUCCAGCAUGCAUCAUCCAGCCUAGUGUUCACCUUUCCCCCACUUCACCCCUUCUCAUUGCCGCGCCUCACCAAAUACGAUAUAUGCACGAUGCCCUCGCCUUGUUUUAUCAUUGUCUCAUAGCUACUCAUCAUGCUGCUGCGCCUCUUUCAUUUCACUUUCUCAUCUGCAGCAAUCUUCAUUGCCACAUUACGAUGAUCAGCG